GUUCUUACAAAUAUGGCAUCUACAUCUGAGCAAGCCGCAGGGUCUGUGAAUCGUGCGGAAUUUGGCAAGAAUCCCGAUGUAACAUUUGUCUUUCCAAAUAGCGGAGGAGCCAUCUUGCUGGCCGAGAAGCUAAAACUUGCUAGUAAGAGCGAUGUGUUCAAGAAUCAAUUUACUUGCGAUACAAAUGAUAAGGAUGGAGCUCAAAUUGCUAUCACGGACAUAUCCUUUGAUACCUUCAACAAAAUGGUUAUGAAUAUUUAUGAAAAGAGAAUUGUUGUAUAUGAAGGCAAUUACCUGGAAAUUCUCUAUGCUGCUAGGAAGUAUUUUGUGAAUAGUUUGACCACUAUCGUCAUAAAAUUCAUCAAAAGCUUCCUAAAUGACAACAAUUUAGCUGACCAAUAUGAAUUUAUCGAAAAGUUCCAUCUGAAAAUUCUGAAUGAUCAUGUUUAUAAGCUUUGCAUAUCAUUCCCAAUUAAAAUUAUUGGUCAACUCACAAAUUCCGUGAGCCACAAGCAGAUUUUGCGUAUGAUCCUUGAGUCUCCGACACUCGGCUGUUCUUCGGAAUAUGAGUUGUAUGAGGCUGUGGUUAAUAUGUUGAAGAAGAACACUACGGACAUUACAAAUGCGACUUAUACCGGUGAAGACUUCAGAAAAGAACUUGGGAAAAUGGUUAAUCUCAUUCGUUUUCCGUGUAUGUCUGUGAAUGAAUUGGUUUUAUGCGGAAGAAUCCCAUCUCUACUGACUACCAGACAAUUAAUUGAUUGUCUGCUGUGGGUGCAGGAAGAAGAAUUUACAGAUACAUUGCAGGAUUUCUCAACUAAUAAAAGAAUGUUUUUUAAAAUUAAUAAUAAGCUUCAUUACCAGAUGUGCCAGACUUGUCGUGGAACCAAAAUUCUCUGUAUGGUCUGUAAGAAAUAUUUCUAGACAUUUUUCACGCUAAUAUGACUUUCAAAAUAAUUCAACUUUCUUAUUUGAAAUAAAAUGAAAACUUUUUUAUACCAAUUUUAUGAGAAAUAAAACAAGUGAAACAUAAAACAUA